GCAUUUUUAACUACUGCUGGAUUAAAAUAAUCUCUUGGCUCUGGGUGUUUCAUGUCUUUCCCGGUCAUAAGCUCAGCUGAUCGUCGCACGCUUUCACUCUGCCACAGGAAUACGAGGUAUGCAGCUGCUUGUGACGAACUGGGUGUGUGUGCAGAGCGUGCAGGUGUGUGUGUGUGUGUGUGUUGAUGUGCUUUGAUGKCAAACAUAAAAGAGGAAUCUGUGAACUCAAGACUUCUCGCCGGCUGUCACCUCUCAUUGGUCAGCUCAGGGAUCUGAUUUGCAUGUGGUGGGAGUGUCCUCCAGCAGCACUGAGAUGAAUGACUUGUUCAAGUCAGACAGAAAUAAGGCAUAGCACUCAGCAGAGGUCUGCUCAACUCAAAGCUCAAAAUGCCUGGGUUACUUGAGCUGCCUCUGAUCAUGCUGUGAGUGGAGCGUGCUGGUCAGGAUAGAAACAUGUUCAGCAGCAGACAACUUAGCCAUAAAGGAGGAAUAUGGGGAUUCUGCAUCUUCUUGCUGUACACGACCCCCCCUUCCUGUCUGGCAAAUUUCAGUCAAGCGAAAGAGCUCAUCUAUAAGAUAAAGGAGGGAUUACCAAAGGGGACUUUCAUCGGGGCUAUUGGAGUAGACUUGCAUUUGGAUUUCACAGUUGAUCCCCCCUUUUUAUUCAGCCUUUCGCAAAAGAAGGUCAGUGAACAAUAUGUGAACCUAAAUAAUACCAGCGGGGAGCUUUUCACAUCUGCUACUGAGCUCGACAGGGAGAGCCUCUGUCCAUACAGCUCCGAGGGACAGGCGUGUGUCCUCCCACUGGAUGUGAUUGUUUUGCCUCAGCAGUACUUUCAGCUCGUCAAAGUUAAGAUCCUGAUUGAGGACGUGAACGACAAUAGGCCCAAGUUCCCGACUGAUGAAAUCUGGAUGUCCAUCCCAGAAAAUGCGCAAAUCAAUGCUCGAUACGCAGUGGAGCAGUCCGCCGUUGACCCAGACUUGGGUAGUUUUGGAGUUCAGACUUACUGGCUGGUUAACGACUUUGGUGUGUUCACACUGGACGUAGAGGAGAAUGAGGGUGGUGAGCUGACACCAUUCCUGAUUGUGACAGAGACUUUGGACAGGGAGACACAGGAAGAAUACAUUACGGAUAUUAUAGCAGAGGAUGGAGGGACCCCUCCUCUGCUCGGAGCAGCUACUUUAAAAAUCAUCAUCACGGAUGUAAACGAUAACUGCCCCAAAUUUACAGAGUCUCAAAUUAACGUCACCCUGCGUGGAAAUUCCACCAAAGGAACACAUUUAGCUCGACUGCAUGCCUUUGACCCUGACCUUGGUGCUAAUGCUCAGAUCAGCUAUGCUUACAGUGACCGUGUGCCAAGGGAUACCCGCAGCUUGUUCCAUUUGGACAAACUCACAGGGGUGAUCAAGCUCGCCCGAAACAUAGACACGGUCACAGCCACAUUUUACAAACUCACCRUUCUGGCCAACGGACCCGGUUGUAUCCCGGCUGUUGCAACUGUAACUGUUCACAUCAUCAGAGUAGUUACUGGACCCCAUGCUAUCGUACCCCGGUACAUUGCAACAGAAAAAGACGGAGUGGUGGCUCUAAAGGAGUCUGAGCCAGCUUUCUCUCCAAUUGCUUUUUUCACCGUUAAAAACAUUGGAAAGAACCAAAGAGUGGACUGUUAUUUGGAGGGGUCUGGUCCCUUCCGGCUCGUUCCGUACCGAGAGCUCAAGAACGAAUACCUCCUGGAAACUACAGAGCCCUUGGACUACGAGAAGACUCAGGAUUAUGAGCUAAUUGUGGUGGCUAACAAUACUCAAGGUAUAGUUAUCAAGACUUUUCUGAAAGUGCAGGUUUUGGAUGAGAACGACAACGCACCUGUGUUCCAGCAGUCUUUGGUGGAAUUAUCAAUCGAGGAAAACAAUCCACCAAACACCUUUCUAACCCAGUUCCAAGCCUCAGAUGAGGACGGUGGAAGUCAAGGAGAAGUAAUUUACCUCCUUGGAGGCAAUGCGCCUGGGAUUUUUGUCGUGGAUCGUGUCACGGGUGUCCUAACUGUGACAACAUCGCUCGACCGUGAGGAAAAAGAGAAAUACAGGUUUAUAGUCAGAGCAGUGGAUCAUGGGACGCCACGGAGGGAGUCGAUCGCAACAGUGGUGUUGACAGUGGAGGAUCGCAAUGACAACAGUCCACGUUUCAUCAAUAAGGACUUCACUUUCUUUGUGCCUGAGAACUUCCCAGGGUUUGGUGAGAUUGGAGUCCUGUCUGUAACAGAUGCCGAUGCUGGAGAGAAUGGCUGGAUAGCCCUGUCCAUCCUCAACGGAAGUGACAUCUUCAUGAUAGACACCGGUCGAGGAGCUCUAAGAGCCAGGACACCGCUGGAUCGUGAGCAGCAAGGCACGUACCAACUUUGGAUUGAGGCAGUUGAUGGUGGGGAACCUGCGCUUUCUUCUAUUACCAUGGUCACUGUGCUGCUGUUGGAUGUAAAUGAUAAUCCACCAGUAGUCCUCUUCCCUCAGUCAAAUCAAUCGUACAUGCUAGUGCUACCUGAUACAACCCCAGGAACAUCUAUCACAGAGGUGUACGCUGUGGACAAAGACACAGGCAUGAACGCCGUCAUCGCGUAUAGCAUCAUUAAAAGGAAAGGCGGUGAACCGGGUUCGUUUGCCAUCGACCCAGAAACAGGAAAUAUCACAUUAAAGAGGGAGCUCAGCAACAGGGGCCUUUACAGCCUUCUGGUGAAGGUCAGUGAUCACGGCCAACCUGAGCCGCUUUAUUCGACGGUCAUGGUAAACUUCUUUGUCAAUGAAACCGUGACUAACGAGAGCUACAUCCAAAGUCUGCUGACCCGAGGGGCGGACAUAGAGGUGGAGGAGAAGCCCUGGUUUGUUGGCCAGAUGACCGAUGGGCCCGAGAGAUACGAGCUGGUCCCCUGUCGGCUCACCCUCAUUGUCCUUUCAGUGACAUGUCUGGGGCUGUUCUUCAUGGUUGUUGUACUGACAUCUUACAUAUGCUGCAAGAGGUACAAGAAGAUCAGGAAGAAAAGAUCAGAUGUGGAAGUACCUUUAAAAAUAAAGAAUGACUCUGAACAGUUUUUAAACAGAAAGCUCAGGCAGAUCUCCAACAUCUGAUAAUCAGUUCUCAACAAGUAAAAAAAAAAAAAACAAAGAAAAGAUGCUACCACUGUUUACAUGAAUGUUUACACAUUUUACAGAAAAAAGAAUAUAUUUUACAUGAAGUUGCUUUUAUUGCUUGGAUGAUUGUUUUUACAGCAACCAACAAGGUUUAUGAUUUGGUUCCAUCAGAAAGAGCACAUCAAUCCAAUAUCUUGUUUACUUAGUCCUCACUAAUACUGCCACAAAAAUGAAACAUGGGGUGUUAGAACUACUGACGUGAGUAAUAACAAAACUGAAACAAAGCAACAAGAGCAAAAUAUUAAAUCUAUCUUGUGUAAAUACUGUAAAAAUUCUUUUACAGCUUUAUAUGAAACUUUUACAUCGGCACAAAGAGGAACACGAGAGAUGGUCCGACCCUUCACAGCACCUGUCACUAUUAUUAAUAUUGUGGCAAAAGUGGUUGUAGUUGAAAGUCGUAGAAUCGUAAUAUAUUUAUUUUUCUAAAUAAAAUGUCCAAAUAUAUUCCAAAAGCAAAUGUUUUAUUUUUUAAACGUGACUGUUGAGAAGCAGUGAACCAGUAGUUCUGACCUGAUGAAGCAUUCUGCACCGUGAACUUUCAUUUGUUUGUACUGAAAUCUGAAAAUUAACCAAAAGAAAGAAGGUUACAAUGUAUGUUUUACAUUCUUUAUUGUUUUGAGUUAAUGGGCAUCCCACACCAUAUGAUGCUUAGUCACUGAGAUAAUGUUGGCAAAAUAUCCAAAACUGUGUUUUAUGACACCACCUGACUGAGUCCUCAAAGGUGACCUUAUUUGUCAUAAUGAGUUAUUUACAUCCCUUUAUUUAUAGUAUCACAUUGUUUUCAACAUGACUGUUAAAAUGCAAGUGUUUGUGAAAGAAAAUCAGAGAAACUAUUAAAGACACUUUAUUUUUUUAAUUCACUGGA